AAAGUAGCAGGCCAGGAACAACCAUCAAUGCGAAGAAGUUGCUUGCUUCGUUCGACGUUUGGUUGAAUCGGGCUUCUGGACGUCGCGACGACGACGACGACGAAUGUGGGAAGGUAUGGGGCGAAGUGUGAGUGCGCGAGCGAAUCGUCAGCAGCAGCAUUGAGAACCGCUCGUCGAGUGCGAUUUGAUGUUCGGGAAAAGAAAAUGGCCGCCGUCGCGUGUGUGAAGAUCUCUCGGGAACUCAGCACUUGGGUAGCGCUCUUGGCAUAGACGGUUUUUGUUUUUCCACGUAAUUUUUCACCUUCUAAGCGCGGUUCAUCGACACGACAGACGAACUAAGUAAGACGGAGAUUUCCUACGUUUCUGUGCUGUGAUUUUUCGCGUGUUUGACCCGGAUCUGGUCCCAGGGACGCGGCGGACAGUAGUGAUUUCCGACCAAACCCAGAAAAACAGCAGAGAAUAGACGGGGAGUUCGGCCAAAUCCCGGAAGGCUCCGCGCGGAGUGUUUUGUGAGUUUCGGACGUCAGUUUCUAUUCGCUCGGUUCCUCUUCCUUUUCCGACGAUGGGUUCGAAGCGCAGAAGAGUGGCCUGCUGAUGCUGACCAGACAGAGUGAAGUCGUCCCAUCAUUAGCCGGAGAGAAGUAUUACGAGUUUUCAGUGCUUUUUGGUUCGAUUUUUUUGCAAUCCAAGAGAACCGAACGUCGGAUUUUGCGGUUCCAGUUGGCACUGGCCGUAGUAGGCAUUGGUCGUGUGAAGUGUUGGAAGAAGGAAGUGGGUAAAGGGGAGGACGCGGGAAGAACGCAACACAACAACAACAGCAGAGUAGUAACAGCAGCAGCAAGCAGAAGAAGAAAAGAGGCGAAUUUCUGUGGGUCUUUUUCGCGAUCCGGAGGAGGAUGAAGUGAGUGAUGGGCUGGAUUGUGGAAAAUUUGCGGGUGAUUGCAUCCAAAAUAAAGUGCAUCCGAGUGAAUCCCGGAACUGUGGCCUGACCUGGUUCCGGAAUUGAAUGUGCAGACGGUGAUUCCGGGUGGUUUUCUUCUUUAUUUCGUUGUUGCAAUUAACGGAAACAAUCGCACACCGUUUCACGGAAGGAUGAUGUGUCCUGCCGGACGACAUCGAUGAAACGCAGCCGUGAUUGUGUAAUGGAUGUGUAAAUAAUGAAAUUCUGUAAAUAAAUGUGUAUAGUGAGAAGCUCCCCACAAGAAAAAAAAAAGUUGGUAUAUGUGAAAUUCGGCUAGUUUUCUAAACAUAGUAGCUAUUGCGUACCAAUCUGAAAUAAUGAAGUGAAUUGUGCGCCUUUCACUGAUUGUGUGGGAAGUGGAUGUAAGAAGCGAAAUCAGUCUUAAUGAAGAGAAGAAAAAAAAUCUGCUGUUUUAGUGAUAAAAAAUAUAAAAUUAGCAGCCCAUGAGGAGUGUGGUGAAUUGGCAAAAGCAUAAGUCGCGUAACAGCAGGUUGUCUACUGGGGAAUAUGUUCCCCGAAAAGUGAAAUGAUGAUGAAGCUCGUGAGUGUCACAGUUUUUGGUAGCCGAGCUUGAAUGAAGGUAGUGGUGAAGAGAAAUAAUUAUACUUCAAGGCGACGAGAAGCCAAAGAAGAAGAAGAAGAAGAGCAAAAAUUGCAUUUUCCAAUCAAUCAACUGUGUGAACAACUGGGGAAAAAUAUGCUGACUUCGGAAUGAGAUGGAAGCGGCUAUACGUUCUGUGCAGCAGGUUGGGCCACCAGGCCAGAGGGCCGACACUGGCCCUUCGCCGCAGCCUCCUCCAACGAUGUCAUUUCAGCAACGUGUACCACCCGGUGCUACGCAAAUUCAUAGAUCUAUUGACGCGGCCCAAAGCUAUAGCAAAGGAGGCCCCACCCCAUCGCAAUCCGCCCCUAGAUCGGCAGCUAGUCCUCUCUCGCCACCCCGACCCGGUCCGGGAGCGGGAGCUGCGAAUUAUCCACCAUUUGCAGGAGCACCAGCGCGCGAGGCCCCGCUCAGAUAUGUGCAAACCAACUCAUAUUACCGUGAGAACCCAUACACCCGCGUGUCACAGGUACCACAGGUUCCGGAGUACCAUCGACAGGUGCCGGUGGUAUCGGUAUCGAGUAGUAUACCCGCACCUAUUAGUAUAGCAAAUUCCAUGGAGCAGUCAGUACAACAACAAUCAACUCGACCCCGAAUGUCCCUGCUAGCCCACAAUGCUGACUACCUGCAGACACGAUCCGUGCAGCAACCCCCGCCGGCACCGUCGGAUACCGGACCACCUGCAUUUAAAAAGAUUCGCCUAAACGAAAACAGUCAACCUGCGCAAUCCCUCCUGAAUGUUGAUACACGUGAUCCACCGGUGUCUUCCGGUGCGUAUCAUCCUCAGGUGGAGGCGAUCUCACCAACGCUGCCAAGUGAUCCGACUGAGGAGCUGCGUGCCACCAAGGACGAUCUGCUACAACAGAUCGCCAAGGUGGACAUGGAGAUCGACAAGACGGAGAAGAAGAUCGUCAUGCUGAAAAAGAAGCAGGAAACGCUGGAAGAGGCUUCAGCGAAACCGGCCGUCGAGGAGAGUGCCGCUGAGGCUCAACCCAAGCACCGAAGCUUAGCGCAGCAAAUCUACGCCGAGAACCGGAAACGGGCGUCGAACGCUCACGCUGUACUGAGUGCGCUUGGCACUGCCACCGAUCUGCCCCUGUACAAUCAGCCGUCCGAUGCGGAAAGUUGCCGCGAUAUCCAGGAGCGACACAAAACGUUCCGGCAGCAUCUGCUACUGCAUUUCAAAAAGAUUAAAUCCGAACGGGCGGCGAAACAGAUCGAACUGACUGAACGAUAUGCGCAGUUAUCACAAGACUGGUCCAAACGUGUAGAUAAGAUGGAAGCUAGUGCAAAGCGUAAAGCGAAGGAAGCGAAAAACCGGGAGUUUUUCGAGAAGGUGUUCCCCGAGCUUCGGAAGCAGAGGGAGGAUAAAGAGCGAUUUAAUCGUGUAGGUUCUAGGAUUAAAUCCGAAGCCGAUCUUGAAGAGAUCAUGGAUGGUCUUCAGGAGCAGGCGAUGGAGGAUAAAAAAAUGCGUUCAUAUGCUGUGAUUCCACCUUUAAUGUUAGACUCCAGACAAAGAAGGCUAGUGUUUAAUAAUGAAAAUGGAGCGCUAAUAGAUAUGGAAACAGAAUUCAAGGAACGGUUAAAUUUAAAUGUGUGGACAGCUGGCGAGAAGGAAGUGUUCCGGGAGAAAUUUUUGCAACAUCCGAAAAAUUUUGGCAUGAUUGCAGCCAGCCUGGAUAGGAAAAGUGCGCAGGAUUGUGUGCGAUAUUACUACCUCAGUAAAAAGGCGGAAAACUAUAAGCAGUUGUUACGAAAGUCUAGGCAGCGAACGCGAAGUUCGAAGAAUAUGCAGAAAUCCAAUCAAAACCCGACGCAGUGCAUAGUAGAUGCACUAACAACUGGUGUUACAACAAGACUACAACGUGAACAACAACAAAAGACUGUAGGCCGUGAUCGUGCCGCGAAUUCAACAAAUAGUUCAAUAGGAAAUAGUUCGGCAUCUAAUGUCUCAACAAAUUCAUCUUCAAAUAAUACUAAUAACAAUAAAAGUAGUAGUAAAAGCAACAGUUGUAGUGCAGGUAGUAUUAAUACUAAGACGGCUGUAUGUAGUAGCGCAUCGACGACUAGCACAACUGUUGCGGUAUCUUCUGUAGCAGCGACAGCACCAGUAACCAGUACGGUAACGACAUCUGCAGCAUCUCCUCCGGCCGCUACAGUGUCCUCCGGCACCCCCGCCACGACGACGUCAACAACUGCGACUAGUAUAACUAGCACUACAAAUAGCAGUAGCAGUAGUGGUAGUACCAACAGCACUACAAAUGAAAACAGCAGUAGUACAUCGAAUGUAAAUUCCACGCUUCCUGCUCCUGAGGGUCUUGAGGCGAUCGCGAAAGAAGAGAAUGAUCGGGAGAAAGAAGCAGCUGGUUCUGAAUCGUCUCCGUCGUCUCUACCUGUCACUUCCGUUGCUACUGCGGAAAGUACCAGUACUACCGCUACGUCGACAACUGCCCCUGUUUCAGCGAGUCCAGCACCUGCAAGCGCAACUCCAUCGCGAAGUGCAACACCUUCAACCGUAGUUCCGUCACCUGCUUCUUCUUCGUCUGCAUCGGUUACAACAAGCAUAUCGGUGGCUCCACCGAGUACAAGUGCGCCGACGGUGACGCUGCCUAGUAUCUCAGUAAACACAACGUCUUCGUCUGUCUCGUCGAGUAUCAUCAGCAGCAGUAGCAGCAACAGCAGUAGCAUUUUGGUUCCGGCAGUGAGUAUUGCAGUGAGCAGCAGCAGUAGUAAUUGUGCAAGCAGUAGUAGUAGUGCUGGUAAUGUCAGCAACAAUAACAUAAGCGGUAAUCUGUCGAAUGUGACUGCCGUGGAAACGUCAUUUGUACCUAACCCUAGCCCUAGUAUAACUGCAAUUCCGCUGAACGGUGUAAAAACGGACGUACUAAACUCAACAACGGCGACGGUGACAUCCGUCCCAACGCCGCUAAACAACAGCUACAGCAGUAAUAACAAUGUUAAUGCCAGUGUAAAUAGCAUCAUCUCCACAAUGCCUAGUUCCAAUGCCGCUGGAGGGGUCAGUGGCGGCGGAAUCACUUUGGCCCAUGGCGGGUCGGUACCAGUUACGCUUACGGCAGCUGCUCCGGGCGGUGGAAUCAUAUCGUCAUCGACGUUGCCGCCCAGCUCGCAGCCGCAGUCAACGCAUUUACAACCGCUGCCGCAUCCGAACGCAGUGAUGUUUAACAACACGAGCACCCCGAAGAACUCGCCCAACGACGCCAUCAUCAUUAAGGAUAUCACGUUGGGAUCCGUGGUGGCCAGUGUGGUGAACAGUAAACUUGGUGUGAAGGACAACUUUCUCAAGGAUGAUCUGGAGCCGAGCGAUGCGAAGAAACGGCGAAUCGAUAUGGAUGGAGCAAGGGACGACGGUAUCGCACAUGACGGCAAAGAUAAGGGUGUCGCACUGCACUCUUGUUUCGUCUGCAAGACUGAGAUGUGCCCUCGUACUCGGCCGCUGGAACGAGGCCGGGGUAUGCAGUACGGCAUACCGGAAGAGGCGAUACCGCCGGGAGCACGUGUUUGCAAUACGUGCCAAUGCAAGUCGGUGAAAUCUAGGUACGACUCGCAAUAUUAUUCUCCCUCCGCUCUUGCACAGGGUUUAAUAUUGAACGAUCAAUCCGUCCAUUCUAGAUAUACGCACUGUCCCUUGCCGACCUGUCCCAAUCCGAAAGACAGGGUGAAACGAUUCCGAAAUCUUCCGCCACGUCUUUCCGAGCUUUCGCCGGAGAUUCGCGACCCGAUUAUACAAGAAUUGCAAAUUCCACCAAAUGUGACGAAGUGUUGUUCCGCCUGUUUGACACGAAUUCGGCGCAAAAUGGGUCCACAUCUGUUAGGAACGAAUCUUACCGAAGAAGAGGUAAACCGAUUAAAAAAGCUCCUGCAGGAAUCUGGCCCGAAAUGGAAUCAGCUGGCGGAAACGCUGAACAAGACCCCCGUCGCGCUGAAAAGUUUUUACUUCCAUUACAAGAAGAAGUAUGGGUUUGACAUGGCAGUGACGGAAUACUACAAACAGCAUCCUGGCGAAGAUAGUCGCCCUGCUAUGACCGAUGGUGAUGAGUCGGAUAUGAGCGCUUCUUCUUCGGACGAACGAGACGGAAGUAGCGAUACAACUGCAUCCGCCGAAAGCCCGAACAACUCAGUGCCACUGAAUGUUACGAAAGAGGAGAUCAUCGCCGUUCCUGAAACACUGGCACCACCACCUCUAACGAAGAGUAUCGAUGACGACCGUUUGCUGCCGCCAGGGCAGCCGCCUAGAAAACAAAAGCUCACGGAAGAGUACGAUAGCUCAGCUACAGAAACAGCUGACGAAGAAAAUGAAACCUCACCAGCUAAUCGGCAGAGUCCCAAAGUUGUUUAUAUUCCGCUUAGCGGAACGAACCCAUUAAUCUCUGCCAAUCAUCCGCCCUUGCAAAACGGACCGCGUGGUAAUGACGUUAACUCACCUCUGAACGUUCGAGACAUGAUGCUGAAUGUGAUAGAAAGAUCUCUAAAAUCUAAUAAUAUGCCCGGGUCAGUAAAGCAAAUGAAUUUCCCACCACGAGACUAUCGAGAUAUGUCAAAGGGGCUGCCUAAUCGACCUCCUUCUGGAGAAAUGGCAACACUUUCAGUGGUGAACUCCCAUUCUCACAAUCAGCCGCAACAAAUAAUGCCGGAUUAUUCCCAUCCAAUAAGUUCCCAGAUACAGGCCACUAUAACGCCUGUUCCCCAGCAGCAGCAACAGCAACAGCAGCAUCAGCAGCAGCAACAACAACAACAGCCUCCACAAUCACUAGCUCCGAGUCAGCAGAUUCCACCUCCUUUGCAGCAGCAGAAAACGUCGCAACCGCAGACUCAACCUAUUCAACUCACCCAGCCGCAGUCGCAAUCGUUGACCAGCUCCAGUAACCGGGAUCGCCCAAACAGCGGUACCCACAUAGUCUACAUAAAUCAAGCACAAUCGCUCGAUCUCAGCCUAAAGAAGCCACAAAGAGACAACCUUCCUCCCCCAGCGCACAACAGCAAAAUGCCUAGAUCGUCCUCACCCAAUUGGCCGCCCCACCCGGACUUUCCACCACCGAGCCAUCAGCAUCCACCAAAGUAUCCGCGAUCAUAUUACAUCGAAUCUAUUGGUCACCCUUCAAAAUCACCUUCUGGCCUUUUGACAACAUUGCCCGGCGGUCCACCGAUGGCUAUGAGUCAAGGUCCAGCCGGCCCCUCGAAUGCUGCACCUUCCAUCGUGGUACGAGGACAAAUGCCGCAACAACCCAUCUCGUUAACACCCCCUCCUUCGAAGAAGCAAAACGCUCCUAAACUGAGCCCCAAAGUGACGCAUCAAGUGCAAUCGGCCAUGCAGCAACCACCAGCGCAAUCGAUGGGACCCAAAGGUUCGAUCACCCAUGGUACACCAGUAAAUGCUGCCGGUCAACAAAUCCUAGUGCAAGGGCAAACGACGCUUAGCCCUCGUUAUGACAACAUGCUUAGACAAACACCGCCUUCGUCCAACGACAAGCUUGGAUCCAUCACCCAAGGAACGCCGGUGCACGUAUCUGGGCACACGCUGCCGGAUAAACGUGCCUCGUACGAGUACAAAUCAUACAACAACCGACAGAGUCCUGCCCAGGUAUCGCAAGCGCCAACUCAAGGAAGCCCCCAGGCACCUCAGUUUGCGUACAGCCGAAAUGCGCCGGCAUUCAGUUUGGAACCGCCCCAGCAGCUCAGCUCGCGACAGAUCAUCAUGAACGAUUACAUCACGUCGCAGCAAAUGCACGGCCAAGCGCAAGGACGCAACUCGGUUGGAUCGGGUGGACGCCCGGAAAAAGAAUCUCCAUCGCCACGCAGCGGACCUCCCAACAUGUCAAACCCGUCGGCAGCUUUAGUGUAUGCCGUCGGCGCUCGGGACGGCAAUGCCAGGCCAGAGUAUCUGAACCGGGCAUCAUCUGCCGAUCACGUCAAUAGGGUAUCUCCUGUUUUCAGCACUCCUAGUCCACACAGAACACCGCCCCCGCCACAACGGCAAGGAGUAAUCCAGAGGCACAACACGGUUGGAGGCAGUGGAAACGCUAGCGGUGGGGCUGGGUCCAAACCGCCUAGUCCGGCGCCCAACCGGCUGCAUCUUGUCCCGCCAUCGCACCACUACAUGCAAGGACAUGAAGCAUUUGCUUCGCUGGUUGACCUGGCCGUGCAGCAGCCGCCAAUGACGGUUCCACACAAGGAUGAUAAGCGACCAUCGAUCGUCGAGCAGCAACCUCCACCUCCGCCGCCGACGCAUCAUGAUAUGCGCUAUCAUCCGAGCAUGAUUCAGAUCCACCACCAACAGCAACAACAGCAGCAGCAACACCAGGCUCAACAGCAACAUCAGGCAGCCGCUGUUGCGGCUCAACAACACCAUGCUGCUGCAGUUCAGCAGCAACAGCACUUACAAAGACAGCAACAGCUGGACCUACAACGUCGGCAGCAACCUCAGUUGCAUCCGUCACUGCAGCACGUAUCAGUUGCAGGAGUCCUACGAGAGCACCAGAUAGACCGUGAGCGCGAGCUCGCAAACUAUCGCGAACGUAUGGAGCGGGAACGGAACAUGCAAGCCGAGCGAGAGCGGUCCAUCAUGGUCGAGAGGGAACGACAGUUGGAGCGCGAACGGGACCGUGAGAGACGCGAACGAGAACAAAAAGAUCAGCGUGAUCGUGAAUUGCGCGACAUGCAGCAGCGUGAGCAGCGUGAUCGGGAACGGAUGGCUCACCAAGAGGAAGAGGAACGCCGCCGUAAGCAUUACGAAAUGAUCAACGAACGAAUGGAAAGUUCGCCAUUUCGUUACAGGCCCAUGGAGCCGGGUAUGGGAAUGCGACCUUCGUCGGAGGGACCGUUAACGGCUGCCAAUCUGAUAGAUGCGAUUAUUACCCAUCAGAUAAACCAGACGGCGUCAGAACCUCCGUUGCCUCCCAGCCGUGAUCUACAUCGUGCUGCUUACUAUCCACCUCGUGACCAUCGCCAAUCAGCGAUGAGUGAAAACAAUGGAAAAUCCCAUUCGCCCAAUGUGAUAAACAUCGAUGUCGAUUCGGAUCCGACCCGGAAAAACAUAACUCUCGGUGAGCUAACCGAUACUAUCAUAACUAAGGACUAUUCUCCGGCUCCCAACCCGUUCCUUCAAAUGCGUCCAAUGAUGGCAAUGGAUCCGCCCAUGGUUCCUUCGUCGGAAGCUUGGAAAUAUCGACGGAUGCCCGCAGGCAAAGAUGAUCAGUCUCCUCACGGCCAGCCAGUGCAAUUACAAGUGCAGGGAUCCCCGCAAGGUCCCCCUGGACAUCAGUAUGUACAGCCGGGUGGCAAAGGCCCCGGUAGAUCAACCCCGGAUGAUCGUCACAUCAUCCGGAUGGCACAAUCUCCAACACUGCGAAACAAAUUUCACGAAUCCGCCUCGCCCGAUACUCAGUUCUUUCCUCCCGGAGCGCCGCUGAGUCGCGGCUCUCAUGACUUCGCCCUUGAUUGUUACGUCAAGAACCUAAUUGUGGAAGCAAUGCGAACAGAGGGCGACAAAAGAGCUGAUGACGCAAGAGACCACCAGUCACCGAGGAAUCAAUCACCUGCGCAGCACGGUCAUGGACAUCAAGCCCAUCACAACAAGGAUCAUGACCGUAGUACUACUCCGGGUGAUUUGUUGAUCGACGAAGAAACCGGUCGACCUGCCUCCGGAAGUAACUCUCAUAGGGCUCAGGCGCCAACUCAGCUACUGCCACCUCACUCGCAACCUCAGGGAGGAUUGCACAAUUCCAUCCAUUCAUCACCCUACCUUGGAAACCAAGCCGGUCCGCCGCCACCUUCUUCGUUUGCUCCACCUACGUACUACCCAUACAGUGCUCUAACGGUUUCGGGAGGGCCUGUGGUAGGAAACCUGGGUCCUCCUGGACCACCAACAAAGACGACCCUUAUAGUACCAACCCUGGGAGGUGCUGGCAGUAGUAGCGGCAUUCCACCUCCAACCAGUGGCGGAGGCAUGAUCGACGACAGGCAGUCUUCAUCGAACGCUUCAAUUGAGCCCAAACCGCUGCUUUCUGCUCAGUACGAUGCACUCAGCGAUGAAGACUAGAACUCAUCUGUACCGUUGCAUAACGAAAAUGAUAGAACAACAACACAAGUUGGGUACACAUUCAGUAUGAAUUCUAUCUCAUGCAAACUUGUAAUUUAUUAUAAAUAUUAAUUAUAAUACAAAAUAUGAUAAUAAUACUAAAGUAUGAAUGAAUAAAAUUAUCUUUGGAAAGGUGAACAUGUAUGAAGAAAAAACAUAAAGAAAAGCAAGAACACUUUCACACUGAAUGAAGGCAAAACAGCUAGAGAUAUACAACGAGAAUUAUUAAUAAACAACACAACCCAGAAAAAGAGGAGAAUAGAGUGAAGAUUAUCGAACUACUCCAUUACACAGGAAAACAAUCUAACUUCCUAGAAAACAAUCUAAAGAAAAUAAUCUUAUCCAGACACGAACUCUCAAACACAGAUAUAACAGAGUUUAAAGCGCUUAACCCCUCUAAAGAGACGCCCCCGGCUAGAGAAAAAGCGGAGAAACAGAGCACGUGCGAAUUAUCGAUUUGGGAGGUAGACACUUUGGGUCCUCAAUCCAGAAACGGGAAACAGGCAAAUGUCAGAUCUGAAUCUGAUUAAAGGUUGUCGAAAGUCCUUCAACAACGUUUUAAUGUGUUAAACUGAGCAAAGGAACGCAAUGUGUAGAGAAAGUAAAAUAUGUUAAUAUGGAAAGCAAAGAGGAAAGCUUAACGCAGACACGAACAUAGAACAUAGAGAAGACGGAUUAUUUGUACCGAGCUUGUAUGGGAAAGCUAGCAACAAACAAAUAAAUAAAUAAUAAUACAAAUAACAAUAGUUUGUCAACCAACCAAUCCGGGAGAGAAUGACACAAACCAGCAAGUAAAAAGAAAAACAUCGCUAGGACUGUUUUGAGUUCUCAUUGUCGAUGUUCUCUGUUUUCCCCUAUGUUCAGAGUAAAGAGAAGUUCUGUUUCAAACACACUCCCCCGCUCGCAAUUCGGUCGUGCGGUGGGAAACAUGGUUUGAAGUUCAGAAUGUUAGCCGAAAAACAAAAAAAAAACUGUAAAGAGAGGAACCACACCUGUAGUAGCAAGUAAAGAAAAACACUUUUUAGUAGUAUUGGUUAAGAUCAGUGCAGGGCAGGCAUAUGAGAAGCAAGUGAAGCUAAUGUUCCAAUUAAGUCCAAACUGCUGAGAUUACCGCGCUGUACAAUAUAAAAUAAACACAAAGGAAGUAAAACCGCAUACUGCAUCAAGAAAAUAAGAAAAAAAAAUUAAAAAUCCGAAGAUGAGAGAGAAAAGUGGUAUGUUAUGUUCUCUAUAAAGUAUAAAAAUGCAUGUAAUUAUAUUAUUGUCAAGUUCAUUAUAGUUCUGAUGAAAUUUUAAGUUACUACUUAAAAGAAAAAAAGAGAAACAACUAACAGUUCAUUGAUUGCUGAAAAUAUAAAUUUAGUUAGGUAGACCAGAAAGAAAUUAGAGCGUCUUAAGGCAGAGAGAAUCAAUGAUUAAUGAUUAUUAUAACAAUUUGUGUUAGGCCUCUUUUUAGUUUGUAAUUAUUUCCUUCUUUUUCUAAAAAAGUAUAUAUUAACACGAUAUGCAAAAUCUAAGCAUUAAGUGAAUAAAAUAUGAAAUAAUUAAAA